CAAUUUACCGUAGAUUUGUAAUCAUUUUCGGCUUGUCCAUCGACCUGGCAGCAGUUUACUGACAUACAUUGCCCAAUAUGAAAUUUGCAAGGGAGGUUUUUGUACUGGUGUCUUUGGCUUGCUUGGUUUUAGCCAAAUAUGAAGGAUACCAAGUUUGGAGGAUCACUCCCAAAACAGAGAAACAAAUCGAAUGGCUCCACUACAUUGAAGAAAAUAUGGGUGAAGAGUUUGAUUUUUGGACCGGCGUUUCAAAAAUUCCCGGUAACCCUGUCGACAUAAUGGUACAACCCAACCGCCAGACCAAUUUACGCAUGCUCCUGAAGCAAGAAAAGUUGGACCUUGAUAUUAUGAUUAAUGACGUCAAUACAUUGGUAACCAAUCAAAUGGAUGAGAUCCUUGAAAGGCGCCGAGCAAAUCGACAGUCUGUCGGGACACGUUUAGACAACUUCGAUUAUAAUGCGUAUCACACGUAUGAAGAGAUCCAACAAUGGGUAGCCGACAUGGCCAGUGAAAAUAGUGACAUCAUCGAACCAUUCCUGCUCGGAUAUUCGUGUGAAGGCAGGGAAAUUAACGGGUUCAGGAUCCGCGGUACUGGAAGCCAGAAUCCCUACCCAAAAGCUGUCUGGUUUGAGGGCGGUAUUCACGCAAGAGAAUGGAUCUCACCAGCAACAGUCAUGGGGUUUACACACAAGCUUAUAGAAGAAUACCGAUCCGAUGAUGAUCUUGUUUUGAGGAUGUUUGAUAACAUAGAUUGGUAUAUCGUGCCUUCUCUGAACCCCGAUGGGUACCACUAUACAUGGACAAAUGAUCGAUUGUGGCGGAAGACCCGUUCUAAAUAUGUGGGUGAGGCGUGUACCGGAACCGAUCCGAACAGGAAUUGGCCUUUCCAGUGGGGAGGUGUCGGGACCAGCCCGUUUUCAUGUUCUGAGAUCUACCACGGCCCUUCGGCGCUCUCGGAGAUUGAGGUUUUCAACGUGGUUGAGUUCUUGAGGGAUAGAUGGUACGAGGGUCAGGAUUUCUUGAUGUUUAUUGAUUGGCACAGCUAUUCACAGGUCAUCAUAGCGCCCUGGUCUUACCUUGAUUCUAAUCCAAGAACCGACGACUACCAAGAUCAGAUGGAUAUGGCUAAGGCAAUGAGCGAUGCCAUUCUCGCAACCUCAUUGAAAGUGUAUGGCAUGGGUGCUGGAGCUGAAAUCUUGUACCCAGCAGCGGGAUCAAGCAAGGAUUUCGGUUACGCUGCUGUGCCUGUGAAUCCAUGGGACUACACCAGCGGAGGGAUGGGGGCCAAGUACUCCUACACGGUUGAGCUUCGUGACACCGGCGAGUACGGGUUCCUCCUACCCGAAGACCAGAUACAGGACACCUACGAUGAGAUACACGCCGCCGUGCGCGCCAUCGGCGAUCGUCUUCUCACCGAGAUCGGCGCUUAAAUUGAGAUCAACCACGAUCAAACA